AUGGAAUACAGACCUCUUGACGAUGCUAAGGAUGAGAUCCGUAUCCUCAGGCUGAAGCCUUCCUACGACCCUUCCGAAAUGCUAGAAUGCGAGCUGGUACAUGUAUCCCUGCAAGACUUCACAAAAGAUUACCAACACCAUGCAAGUCAACAUGGCCAUGCUUCAAAUUUCAAGACAUGGAUCAAAUCGCGCGUCGGGGCGACAGAUAGCGACACGACUGAAAAUGACGGAAGAUUGAUACAGGUGCCAGGCGACCACGAAUAUCGAUUCCAAUGGGGAGAGCUUGCAAGUCUUUCUUACGCAUGGGGUACAUCUCUCGAAACUCGAGCCAUCUUGGUCAAUGGGGCAACCGUCCAGGUCACUAUCAAUCUAGAGGCAGCGUUGCGGGCACUGGGAAGGACAUCCAUAUUUGCAGAUAGGUACAUGCUUUGGGUUGAUGCUUUGUGCAUUAACCGGCAAGACUUUGACGAGCGCUCGAAACAGGUGCAGAAGAUGAGGCAUAUAUAUAGUUUCUCCAGGGCGGUGGUCGCAUGGGUAGGAGAAGAGUACGAUGAGAGUGAGAAGGCGCUGGACUUGGUCGAGAUGUUAGCCGGUGUGUAUGAGGACUCGGAAAAGGGAUGGAUGCUGAGAGCGAGUUAUGGCGAUGAUGCUGCGCGAUUUUCGAUCAGCUCCUGGGUUUCACUGGAGAGGUUUAUGCGCAGAUGGUAUUGGGAGAGGCUAUGGGUGAUUCAGGAACUUGCGUUGGGUGCUUCGAGGGCUUAUAUUGUUUGUGGAGGACGAUCGAUCAGCUGAAAGACGUUUUGCUAUGGUAUUGGAAGUAUUAAUAAGUAUAUGUGGUCAGUCAAAGAUCGCCUUCUUGAGUACGAUAUGAGCUUUCUCGAACGUGGAAAUAUAGACAGCCUGGGUUAUCCAGGAAUCCUCUCCGAAUCCAUUCAAGGAACGAUGAACAUCGGCCAGUCUCCUUCGAUUCACCUCGAGAAGAGCCAGGCACCAACUACUACAACUACCAGCACCACACAGGGAUGGUCAUCAGGCGAUAAUUUAAAACAUGUUUACAAAGAUUUAUGGAGGUUAAGCCAAAGGGAAAUGAACAACGAACCAAUACUCGAACUCUGGGAGCUCUUGCAUGUCGCCAAAUCAUCCUUGUGCAAAGACAACAGAGACAAGAUACACGGACUCCUUGCACUAAUCGACCCUGGGAUCUCGAGGGAUAUAAUUCCGGACUACACCGUGGAUCCAAAGGCUCUUUUCACCUCGGUAGCGAGACUUGUUAUCUCAAAGAGUGACGGCUUAGAUAUUCUCCGUGAAGGAUAUGCGUGGAGCGAAUUGGGGAUACCUUCGUGGGUACCUGACUGGACAUGGUCGGGACGGAUUCGUGAUUCGAGACCAAAGGUGUCAUACUGUGCAACGAGAGCCAUGCGGGCCUCUUUUGCAUUUAUGGAUGACGGGUUUCGUCUUAAGUGCAAGGGGAUAAUUUUCGAUCAAAUCGAUGGUCUUGGGUCCCAUGAAGCAAGCCGAUUCCAGUGGCCAGAGGAAAGUGUUAAAAAUCCCAACCAUAACACAAGUCCGUAUGGAAGUGCUACCGCCACGCGAGAAGCAUUCUGUCGUGCUAUGAUCAUGGAUAGGAAGGCACUUAGCAAGACGUCCUCCUCCGGUGGCUGCGAAGAGAUAUUCUACCUCCCAAGUUGUACAGUGACGGCAAUGCAAAAGUUCAAAGAACUGGAAUGGAAUCGCUUCGCUCUGGAUGGCAGAUAUUACCCCCGCUGGGAGAAUUGGAGGAAAGGAAACAAUCAUCUCUGGAUGGGAGAUCGAUACUUGAGUGACUAUUUCUCUGAUGAAAUUCCAAAGGCUCCGCUUGAAGAUGACUACUGGGAUGCGUAUCAGUCAUGGACCCGCACUGUGACUGCAAGAAGAUUGUUAGUAACGACAAAGGGUUAUUUCGGAUGGGCGCCUGAUUUCCGGGGGGAUAGCGAGGAAGAGCAAACGAUUGUGGGGGAUCUAAUAUGUUUUGUUUUUGGCUGUAGUGUUCCACUCAUCAUACGUCUGGCUGAUGAAGGAACCGGAGGACUAUAUAAGGUAGUUGGAGAAGCCUAUGUAGAAGGACUUAUGAAUGGGGAGGUAUUGGAAUUAAGCGACGUUAAUAGCCGAUAUCACAUUCUGCUGAGUGACGGGGAUGCAAAUUGUGACAGAUUGACAGACAUAGAAGCAUCAUAA